AUGGCGACCGCCGCGCACAGAGACAAGCAGGCAACGGCAACAGCAACAGCGAGAUCGAACGACGCACUUCCGCCCAGGCCGGAAGUGAGAAACCGACCCGAGCCCUUUCUUGGUCACAUGACGGGGGCGCUGUUUGACAGGCGCGUCAGGACGUCCAACGCUCAUGGCCGCCCCGGUGAUGACUUCAUAGAGGAAGGAAAUUCACGUGAUGCUACGCUGCCUCUGUCAAAUACAUCUAGUACUGAAGGUGAUGCCAUCAAGGUCUAUGUGAGAGUACGCCCCCCUUCAGAGGGAGCUGCAUUAGCUGAUGGAGAUCAAGGCUUGUGCUUAUCAGUUCUUUCAUCAAACACUCUGCGUCUUCAUUCAAAGCCUGAACCCAAGAUCUUCACUUUUGAUCAUGUUGCAAAUAUGGACACAACCCAGGAGUCAGUGUUUUCAAGUGUAGCCAAAAACAUUGUUGAAUCUUGUAUGAAUGGUUACAAUGGAACCAUCUUUGCAUAUGGCCAAACUGGCUCAGGGAAAACUUUUACUAUGAUGGGGCCAUCUGACUCUGAUAAUUUCACUCAUAACCUGAGAGGAGUUAUUCCUCGGAGCUUUGAAUAUCUCUUUUUUCUAAUCGAACGUGAAAAAGAAAAGGCUGGUACUGGUAAGAGUUUUCUCUGUAAGUGCUCGUUUAUUGAAAUCUACAAUGAACAGAUAUUCGACUUGCUGGAUUCUGCUUCAGCUGGACUCUUUCUCAGGGAGCAUAUCAAGAAGGGCGUCUUUGUUGUUGGUGCAAUGGAGCAGGUGUUAACAUCCGCUGCUGAAGCAUAUCAGGUGUUAACUAUGGGCUGGAGAAAUCGCCGUGUAGCAUCUACCUCAAUGAAUAGAGAAUCCUCAAGAUCGCACGCAGUCUUCACUAUCACUGUAGAAUCAAUGGAGAAGAACAGUGAGGUUGUUAACAUCCGAUCCUCCCAGUUGAACUUGGUGGAUUUGGCAGGCUCUGAGAGACAAAAAGAUACACAUACUGAAGGAGUCAGGUUAAAGGAGGCAGGUAACAUAAACCGGUCAUUAAGCUGCCUAGGUCAAGUGAUCACAGCACUUGUCGAUGUGGGUAAUGGAAAACAAAGACACAUUUGCUACAGGGACUCCAAACUCACUUUUCUGCUACGGGAUUCUCUUGGAGGUAAUGCAAAAACAUGCAUAAUUGCAAAUGUUCAUCCUGGAUCUAGAUGUUUUGGUGAAACUCUGUCUACUCUUAAUUUUGCUCAACGAGCAAAGUUAAUUAAAAACAAGGCUGUGAUAAAUGAAGACACCCAAGGGAAUGUGAACCAACUCCAAGCUGAAGUGAAGAAAUUGAAAGAGCAGAUUGCUCAACUUACUUUAGGACAGUUUACCCAGGAUAUUUCUAUUACAACAGGUGAGGAAAAUAGAAAUUACAAGAACUACUUUCUUGAGGCAAUGCUGUUCUUGGAGAAAUCUGAAAGUGAAAAGAAGACUUUGUUAGAAAAAGUUGCUCAACUAGAAGAUCUUUGUGGCAAAAAGGAGAAAUUAAUUCAGUCCAAUAAAAUGAUAGUUAAAUUCCGUGAAGACCAUAUAGUUCGUCUGGAGAGAUUACACAAAGAUGCUUGUGGCAGUUUAAUGCCUAAAGAGCAGGAGGAGCUCAUCAAUGAACUGAGGGAGGAAUUGCGGUCACUGAGAGAACAGAUGGAACAACACCCACGAAUUGCUAAAUAUGCCAUGGAAAAUCACAGCCUCAGAGAGGAGAACAAACGACUUCGUUCCUUACAGUCAGUGAAAAGGGCUCAAGAAAUUGAUGCUCACACCAUUGCAGAACUAGAAAAAGCUUUCUUGGAUGCUUCAGCCACAGAGAAAAAUCAUGGAGGUCAUCAGUUGUAUUCCACUACUGCAUCAACAGAAAACAAUUCAUUGGUGUCUUUUGAAAGGUUGAAAGCACGCCUGCUGCAUAUUCAGAGUGAACUGGCAGGUUCAAAACAAGAAUAUGAAGAAUUUAAAGAGCUAACCAAGAAAAAGCAUCUUGAAAUGGAAUCAGAACUUCAGUCCCUUCAGAAAGCAAACAAGCAUCUUGAAAAUAUUUUGGAGGCAACCAAAGCACACAAACGUCUUGAAGUCUCUCAGCUGAAUAAAAUGCACAGAGAAACUAUUAUGAACAUGACUACUCCAACGAAGGCUUAUCAACUAAGGUCUCGUCUGGUGCCACGAAUAAGCCCUGAAAUUUUGGUGUGUGAUUCCAUAAACAUUCAGAGUCCAGGAGAGAUGGUGGAUGAUAUUUUCAAUGAGCCAGUUCCUCCAGAGAUGAAUGAACAAGCUUAUGAGGCCAUUGCUGAGGAGCUCAGAAUGGUGCAGGAACAACUGAACACUCUUCAGAUCAAGUUAGAUGAGGAAGAAAGUAAUAACAUAAAACUUCAGCAGCAUAUUGAUAAACUGGAGCAUCAUUCUGCACAAGUGCAGGAGCUCUUCUCCUCAGAAAGAAGUGACUGGAACAAAGAAAAGCAGGAACUCCUUGGACAGAUACAAUUUCUCAAAGUACAACUUCAAGACACUCAAAGCAAGACUGAUAUAUUAAAAAGUGAAGUCCAUGAUUUACGCAUUGUCCUGCAAUCUGCAGACAAGGAGUUGUCUGCUGUAAAAAUAGAGUAUAACACCUUCAGAGAGAAACAAGAUAAGGAAAUGAGCCAACUCUCUAUGAGACAUAUGGAUGUACAACUUCAGCUGGAUAAUGUUAGGCUAGAACAUGAAAAGAUUCUUGAGGGAAAAACAAGUCUGCAGGAUGACUAUGACAAUUUACAUGAAGUAAUGAAGUUUCAGACUGACCAGCUGAAGCAACAGCUUGAAGACAGCAAACGAGAAAGUGAAGCACUGAAAACUGAGUUACAUAAUCUCUUGGAACUUUUGGAAAUGGAAAAAGGACGUAAUGAAAAACUAACACUGCAAUUACAAGAAGACAAAGAAAAUAAUUCCAAGGAACUUUUGAAAGUACUUGAAAAUAUACAGCUGGAAAAACAGUCCUCUGAAAUGAUGGCACGAUGUGAGCAGCAGGAAGCAAAAUUACAGAAAUUAGAACAGAAUCUGGCUACUGCUGAGGAUGUUAUUGCUUCUCUGGAGAGGACUAACUCUGCUGAUAAGGAGGUUGUAUCUGAUUUGAUGAACCAGAUCCAGGAACUGCGGACAUCUAUUAGUCUCAAGACAGAGUCCAUUGAAAGACUCUCAAGAGAGCUGGAGGACAUAAAUUGGAAGUAUAAUUCUGCCCUGGCUGCAAAAGAUGAAAAUAAAGCAAUCAUAGAGGAUCAGGAGAGGCAGAUUGAGGAGCUGAGAGAAGCAGUGGAGAGAAAGCAGACAGCUGAUAAAGUUAAUAUAGAACUCCUGUAUGAAGACCUGAAUUAUACCACUGAGCAGCUAAGCAAGUUAACAGAGGAUUCUAAUAAGCAGACAGUGUUGCUUCAGUGUGCACAAGAAGACUUAGUAAAAAAAGAAGCUUUAAUCCAGGAACUUAAGAAACAGCUGGACCAAAAAACAGAAGAACUGGAAAAGAGGAAGAAUGACUAUGAACUAAAAAUGCAACAAUUAGAUUGUUUUGUGGACUCUGCUACAAUAAUGCUGCCACAGAGUCCAAAAACUCCCCCUAACCGUGGUGUAAACCUGGCAAAAUUCCUGGAAACUCAGGAGCAGGAAAUAGCUGACAGGAGAGCUUCUGCAAUUACUCUGGAGCAUCUUGUAUCUGAAUUAAAUGAAGAAAGAACAUCGAAAAAUGAUGAAAUCCUAAGACUAAAGGGACAGUUAUGUGAACUAGAAAACCUGCGCCUGGAAAUGCAGAUGCUAACAGAGAAUAAUAGGAACCUACAGAGCCAGCUUGAAGACUAUCAGAAAGAACGGAAGAACUGUGGUCACAAGCACUCUGACAUUGAGCAACUGAGAGAGAGAGAAAGAGAAAUUGCUGAAGAGAGGCUCACAAAGAAUAAAGCGAUGGAAGAAAUACUGAAAAUAAGAUCAGAAUUAGAAGAGACCAAAAAUGCCCUGAAGAGUUCAGAUAGUGCCUGUCUUGAAAUGACCAGGGAAAUAGAACGAACAAGAGCUUUGGAGUCAAAAGCAUUCCAGGAAAAAGAAGAUAUGAGAUCAAAACUGGAAGAAACCUAUGAAGAGAGAGACAAACUUCAAAAGGAGAUGGACUUGCUAAGGAAGCAAAUAGAGAAUCUUGCAAUGGAGAAUGGAAUGUUAGUAGGUCACAAAAACCUCAACCAGAAGAUUCAGUAUCUUGUGAAACUGAAGAAAGAUUAUGCCAAGCUUACUGAGGAAAUGGAAAAACUGCGCAUUGAAAAUGCUUAUUUGAAAGAGAAUAAAAAAUCUGAACCGUAUCAGUCUUGAUCAGCUACAACAAAUAAAAUUGCAAAACUGAUCAUUGUAAAAAUGUUGAUAGACUUUAAAAAAGUAAAGAGAAUACAUUCUAAAAGUAAAGCUUAUCCAUCAGUUAUCUACAGCCUUUCAUCAAAUACUCAAGGAUAAUUAGUUAUUUCAGUUUGUGUAAUGUGCCAGCUGGUGCUUUUUAGUGGAACAGUCUGCUUGAGCUCAUCUAGCAGAUUUCUCACUUACUGAAGUUGUUCUACAGCUUUAUUCAUAUUUUAUAGAUGCUGCAGGACUUUCCUUGCAAUUUUGUGCUUCUGUAAGAAAAGUGACUAGUUUUCAUUGGAACAUUCUCUUUCUUAUUUCCUUUUGUACUUUAAUUCAGGUCCACAUUUUGUUUGAAUUUUCAUGUUACCUCAAUUUGCAGAAAAGUACAAACUCAGUUUAUAUCUAAACAACUUCUGCCUCUUUCUGUGUGUCUAAAUGUUGAUACUGAAAUGAUAAAAUUUGCUUGUCAAGCUGUGAACUGAUUCAGAUUUGUUUAUUGCUCAAAAAUAUAUGUUUUUAUUAAGCUUUUUAAUAAA